AUGGAAAAUAACGCGAGAAGGACAGAGCGGGAGUUCCGGCCCCGUCUGGAGAUAGGCGGGGUUCGCGAUAUCGACUUUGUGAAUCGGUUUCCAAUCGACAGAGAAGAUGUUGUAAAAGAGAAGAGGGCAUUUUACAACAAAUGUAGACUUCCGAAUCUUGUUGGAGCAGUGGAUGGGACCUUAAUCCCAAUCACCACUCCAACUGUAGAUGAGGAAGUCUACGUUUGUCGAAAAGGUUACCACGCCAUCAACUGCCAGGCGAUUGUAAACACAAGCUUGAAGUUCAUUAGUGUUGUGGCGAAAUGGCCGGGCUCUACCCAUGAUGGAGCGGUAUUUGAAAAUUCAAGAAUUAAGGGACAUCUUGAUGCUACAGCAAAUGUAGUUCUUCUGGGCGAUAGUGGAUAUGCCCUGAGCCCCUCCCUACUCACCCCCAUAAUGAAUCCCCGUUCCCAACAGGAAGAGCGUUACAACCGCAGACACAAGAGGGGUCGGGAAGUUGUGGAACGGGGAUUCGGGAUAUUGAAGUCCAGAUUCAGAUGUCUACAUCGAUCAGGGGGUGUUUUGCCAUACAAGCCCCAUCAGUGUGCGGCCUUGUUUGUAGCGUGCUGCCGGCUGCACAAUCUGCUGAUGGACAAUGGGGAGGAGCAGGAAGUGGAUGCCGAUGUCAUUGAGGAGGAUGACAACAAUGAUGACCCUGUCGAAGUUGUACUGAAUCAGCGUGGUGCUGCUGUUCGAGAUUAUUAUGUAAACCUAAAUUAACAUUCGUGAAGAUAAAACAAAAUAGUUGGACCUAUUGUUUGUUAAAACGUAAAUUAAAAUGUUUCUUUUUUUAGUUCGCCUUUUUUAAUACGUUGUGGUAGCCUUGUCAUUUACAAAAGUUUUUUUGUUUUUUUUAUAUUUAAUUCCAUUAGAUAUUGGGUAAAUACAUGAUGUCAGUGAAUAAAAUAAGAAUCCAUUUAAAAUAAAGGUAACUAAGCUAA